AGAGAUUGCCUUUUUUUACCUUGAAGAAACAUUUGAUGUAACAUUUUUGUUUUGGUUUAAUUUCAGACUCUUUCCUCAUCUAUCUGAGGUGGAUGUGAUAUCCGAGAGAGACAUUACAAAGCGUGUAUGAUGGCUGUGGCUGGAUGUCCAGAUUAUUUUCUGCACCAUCCAAAUUACCAGCAGGAUAAUGUAGACCGAGCUGCCAAUCACAGACAGGCAGAUAUGAUUGGACCAGGUUUUCAGCAGUCAACCAAUCGGAAUUCACCCAGCCAUCACGAAGAUGACGUGGAUCUGGAAGCUCUGGUGAAUGACAUGAACUCAUCCUUUGAGAGUCUGUACACUUCUUGCUGUGUGCAGACAGAAUCCACUCCACUGCUGCACAACGGCCAGCCGCACCGCUCCACCACCUAUCAAACACAGGCUCAGCCCACCUCCCCACACCAGAGACUGCGCCGGUCCCAGCCCAUGCACAUCCUCGCUGUCAGAAGACUUCAGGAAGAGGAGCAACAGUACCGAACGUCCUCUCUACCUGCCAUCCCCAACCCCUUUCCUGAGCUCUGCAGCCCUGCGAGUUCCCCUACGCUCAGCUCUGGCUCCUUACCUCAGUGUCAGCCCUCAGGCAAAUAUAUCAUAAAAAUCUUCAGCGAGGAUGGGAUGGGAAAGGUGGUGGAGAUCCCAGCCGACAUGACGGCGCGAGACCUGUGCCAGUUUCUUGUCUAUAAAAACCAUUGUGUGGACGAUAACAGUUGGGCGCUUGUGGAGCAUCAUCCAGCCCUGGGACUUGAGAGAUGUUUAGAAGACCAUGAGCUGGUUGUCCAAGUGCAGGCGUCAAUGACCAGUGAGAGUAAAUUUCUCUUCAGGAAGAACUAUGCCAAAUAUGAAUUCUUUAAAAAUCCUUUGAGCUUCUUCCCAGAGCAAAUGGUUGCCUGGUGUCAGGAAACCAAUGGGACCAUCCCCCCAUCUCAGCUCCUGCAGAACUUCUUAAACUCUAGCAGUUGUCCUGAGAUCCAGGGAUAUUUGUAUGUGAAAGAAAUGAGCAGGAAAUCAUGGAAGAAACUGUAUGUGUUUUUAAGACGGUCAGGGUUGUACUUCUCAACAAAAGGAACGUCAAAGGAGCCCAGGCAUUUACAGCUACUAGCAGACCUGGAGGACAGCAAUGUCUUUACAGUAAUAACAGGGAGAAAGCUGCACAAUGCACCUACUGACUUUGAAUUCUGCAUAAAACCUAACAAAGUAAGGAAUGAAGUGAAAGAACUGAGGAUGUUGUGUGCAGAGGACGAGCAGAGCAGAGCAUGCUGGAUGACUGCCUUCAGACUCUUCAAGUAUGGAAUUUUACUCUAUCAAAAUUACAAGAUCCCCCAGCAGCGAAAAACAUUGCUUUCACACUUCUCAGCGCCUGUGAGGAGUGUCUCAGAGAACUCUCUGGUAGCCAUGGAUUUCUCAGGGAGGAUAGGCCGAGUGAUUGACAAUCCUGUGGAGGCUCAGAGUGCUGCCAUGGAGGAGGGACAUGCCUGGAGAAAGAGAAGUCAGCGUAUGAAUAUACUAGGAAGCCCCAGCCCAUUACACCCCUCAUCAUUAAGCGGAGUUAUCCACAGAACUCAGCUGUGGUUUCACGGUCGUAUUUCACGGGAGGAGUCCCACAAGAUGAUCCAUCAGCAGGGCAGAGUGGAUGGAAUGUUUCUCUUGAGGGAUAGCCAGAGCAAUCCUAAGGCAUUUGUACUUACAAUGUGUCAUCACCAGAAAAUCAAACAUUUCCAGAUUUUACCGUGUGAAGAAGAUGGUCAAAUGUUCUUGAGCCUCGACGACACCGCCACCAAAUUCACAGACCUGAUCCAGUUGGUGGAGUUUUACAUGCUGAACAGAGGAGUUCUGCCUUGCAAACUUAAACACCCCUGCACCACUGUGGCCUUAUGACCUCCAUUUGCCUGAUUCCACCUAAAUACAAACACUCAGACGUCAUGUGCUGUGGUGUAAUGCUGUGCUGCUGGGCUGGAGAAAAGCACACUGCGAGAGCAACUCUCUAUCAAGGAGAGAGGAAAUCAAAAGAACAAACACAAACAGGACCAGCAAGAAAUAAAGGAAAUAAAGCUUGUGUGUUAGCUGCUGACGAACCUCUCAGCCACCUGCACACUAGACCGUGGCCAGAGCAGGUUCUCAGGACAAUCAUCCAGAGGGAGUCUUCAGGAUCCACGGUCUUAAUCGUGCAGAUAAUGGUUUGGGAAGACCAGCAGAACACUCGUAAAUCACAUUUGAUUUCAUUUUGCACUCAUAAACCAGGAACAACCAAGCUAUGGCAAUUGUUGCUUUCAUAAAUCAAGCAGAUUUGAUUCUAGAAUGUCCUGUGAGAUGCGGACACCCGAUUGGUGGUUUCAGUACUGUGAAAAGACAUUGCCGUUAAAUUUGUGCUUUCUAUCGUUUUCACCGGUAAUCACUAGAAUAUUUAGACACUUGUUUUCUUUUUAUGUGCUCAUUGUGUUGAGCAAAGAACUCUCAUGCAUAGUGCAUUUGGCCUCUUUUAUCGUGUUAAACACUUGUGUAGUUUUUCCCCUUCACAAAACAUAACCUGCAGCACUCUCUACUGGCUAUACCAAGAAUUAACGUGUCCCUUCACUCCUUCAAGGAAUAGUUUUUUUUUUGUAGAACACAGAUUGUUCAGUUGUAAAUUGCCAUACAGCUGUAUUUCUUAGUUCAUAGUGACCAUGGCUUUUUCCAGGACAAAACCCCCCCAUGAAAGUAUUAAAUACGACUAUAUUUCAAGCCAUACGACAGUAUUGUAUUCGAGACCGCAAGAAGGUUGAGUGCGAGUCCAAAUGUUCCCGUGUGCAUGACAACUCAAGAGUCCAGUCUUGAGUACUAAAACACUGCCACAUGAUAGAUUUGUGUGAGGAACCAUCUGAAAUUUUGACGCCAAGCUUACGUCUAACUCGUAUCCGCUAAAAAAAGAAAAGAUUUUGGAAAGACAUGAAGGUGAAAAAUGAUGGCCAAAUGUAGUUUUUGAGUGAACUAUUCCUUUAAACAUGAGUACAAGAACAUGGCCUGACAUCACCACCACAUCCUUUAGGAACGGUGCCUUGAUUUUAAAGAGGAGUCUGUUGAGUAAUAACCACUAAACCCUCUGCUGGGAGCUCCGCUGUGGGUCGCAGUCUAUCAGGAGCUAGAUCAACAAACUGGAAUCUUUAGAACUGCUGUUAUCUCUUGAGUCCCAGCUCCAGUCUAUUUUUGUUGUUGACUUUCUAGUUUUCUCUCCAUGUUUCGAAAGAUUGUUUCGAGGACAGCACACUGUGAAGCUCGGGCUAAGAACACCCACAGAAAGAUGGGGUUCGAAUUUAUAAUCUGCCUUGUCCAUGGUAGCAGUAGAUACAACGGAUUUGUAAAGAUAUUUUUUUUUGUACUUGUGACGCAAUGUAAAGAAAGAGCCAUGUUUUUAGUUUGUACCUAUAUUGUAUUAAACUAGAUAGAGAGGGCAUAGCCACCAUGUCUACAAGUUCACCCAAGAUAUCAGUGCAUAGUUAAAUGCAAACGACGCAAUCAUUUUUAAGUAUUGCUUCAACAAAUUUAUUUAUUUAUCUGGAUUUGAUUACUUGAAAUUUAGUUUCGUUUUUUUUCUCAGCGCUGUUCGAUAAUAUUCUUCCACAAUUUUGUGAUUUUUUUUGGACCUCAGUUAUUAACUACAACCCCUUUCUUGAAUCUUUUAGCACUGAUUCUUCAUCAACAUCCUACUGUAGAACACCGUCUUCAUGGUCUUUUUUAAUGGUAGAGUCAGUAAAGCCUGUUCAAUGGGUUGUACUGUUGUGUACAUUGCUGUCAAUUGUUAAUCUGACACUAUAUUGAAAACACAUCUUUUGGAAAAAUAUUCCAGUGGACAAAAACACAAGUUAGCACAUGAUAUGGUGCAACAGACAUGCAUUGUACAUGUAUUCCAGACAGCUUUGUUUCCAUUCACGCUAGAUGAACUAUGAACAAUUAAGGUCUAUUUCGCAAAUUUCAUAUUGUUGUCUAUAAAAAAAAUAGUAGUCACAAAGUAACAUUAAGCUGUUCAUUCAUAGAUGUAUUCUAAGAUAUAUGUAAUUCAUGUCAUCUCAUUUAAGUAAGGCAUAAUGUACAAUCAGCCGGUUUUCGAAAAAAAACAAAAAAAUCUCGAAAGGGCAAUCCUGAUAUUUUGACUGUACAUUAUGCUGCUUAUUACACGGCUACUUACAAAUAAAAAGUAAAUAAAAAAUGAAAUAUUGAUUUAUUUGACAAGGAAUCAAGUAUCAAGCAUUUCAGAGAGCCGUGUAAUAAGGAUAUGAUCUCAGUCUGUCAGGUAGUAUUUAGAACUCAUUGGAUGAUUUAACCACAGAAAUUGACUGCAGGGCUUAAGUCAGCGCUAUUAUUAUUCACUUGAAUAUCGUUCUCAGUGUCAGUUAAGUUAAUUCAAGCCUUGAGGAUGAGUGUAUGUCAGUGUUGAUUUAGCUGCAGUUUGGGUGGGUCGUACGUUCACCAAAAACACAAGCAUAUACACGCAAGCUUUCUGAACUUGACAUUAUUGUCUUUUAUUUUUCAGGGUUUGAUAAGUGAAGCUAUACAAUCAGCCAGCCAAGGACUAAACUAACAACAUUUCAGUUAUGAUGCUAUUAAUUAGCAUAUUCUGCAACCAGUUUCGAUAUACUAUAAUUCUAGUGUAACAGUAUAUGAGGAAUUUUUCCGCCUGGUUCAGACAGAUGGAUGUAUUGAGUUUAGAGGUCAUAUGAUUUUUUUUUUCUGAGAUACAUUUAACAAUAACAAAAAAAGAAAGGAAAAAACCCCCACAAUUUUUGGAUUUUGCCAGUGAGGAAGUUAAGUUGAGGCUAGUUUACUAUAUGUUACUGGUGAAUCACCUGUGUGAGUAAAAUUGAUCUGUAGGAUAGUCUGAGUACCAUUAGCGCUUAACCUACUUGUUAACUAGUUGGCCGUUCAGUCUAAAAGUGAGUGUGAGCAGGAUGUUUGUUCACAAUCCAGACACUCUGGGAGUUAAUACAGUAAUACAUCACAGUCACGUUGUCUGUACACAUUUAUUUCAUUUGCAGCAUUGUUUCAUUUUUACAUAUAGCAUGUAACAUUAUAGUUACACUCCAUUCAUGUACAACAGUUCAAGUUUGUAGAUACCACACUGAAUUUUUGGAUACAGUUUUAUUUUCUUUCCACAAUGGCAUAUAAAAUGAAGAAACUUGACUUAUUUUAGUGCAUUUUUAUUAUUUGGUUAAGUGUGUAAAUAUUGAAUCUAUUCUAUUUUGUGUUGCUUUGUCAUGCUAAUUGACCUUAAAGAAUAUGUUAUGUUUGCAUUGAGCUGACGGAAAACUGGACUUUGAACUCCUUUAGUCAUUGAAGGUCAUUAUUAAGCUAAAUUGCUGUUUUAAAAACUCACUUAUUCUUACAAAUACACUUAUUAUGAAAACGCUAACUAAUGUAUGCCUUGUAGAUAUUGUAGAAAUGUUUCUUUAAUAUGAUUCAAAGACAGAUUUUUUUUUCUUUUUGCAUUUUCCCCAUUGUUGUUUGAAAGAAGCUGGUAGCAGCAUUUGCGAAAUGUGUGAUCUGUUGAGAGUUUAUCAGUAAAAUAAAUAAAUGUAAUUUUUAUAUUUAAAAGAAAUGAAUGUAACUGGGUUGCUCAGGGUUGAAGUGGAGGCUGUUUAAAACUGGUCCUGUGGACCAGCAAGACUUCUUCUCUGUAUUUUUCUUUUUUAUUAAACUAACAGUGUACUUCUUUUUA